CCGCCCCGGGAGCAUGACAUCACCAGCAGCAAGCAAAGCCACAACUUCAAGAAAUUGCUGCAAAACACACAGCAGCGUCUCGAAGCACAAUGCUUUCACGAGGGGUCUGACCCUGCUCUUCCCUCUGCGCGCGCUUCUGUCGCUCUUCCCCGAAAAAAAUGGAAGUUUAGUUCACAGAGCGGUUUUGAUCCCAUUAAUUCUUUGCCUGUUCUACAGUUAAAAUCUUUUUUAAAGCAAGAAUCGGUGCUUCAGGACGCCAAUUCAACACUCUAGAUGUCGCUGAAAGGAAUCCGAUGAUGCUUCCCAGCCCAGUAACGUCAACCCCGUUUUCUGUCAAGGACAUACUAAAGCUGGAGCAGCAGUCUCACCAGCAGUCUCACCAGCAGUCUCACCAGCAGUCUCACCACCAACACGGCCAGUCUCUGCCUCUGCACGCGCCCUUUUCGGAUUUACAGCAGCAGCGCUUUCACACUCCACCAUCUUGCCUACUUGGAGGCGCAGAGAGCCCCGGAUUCUCAGACAGCGAGGACAGGAUGGCUUUCCUUAACGCCCUCACUGUACAGGACAACCUGGUGGAAAGCAGCCUUUCUCCGCCCAUGUUUGUCCAUCCUGCUCUGGGACACGUCGGAGACGCAAAGUUAGAGGACGAUCUCGAAGAUCAGGAAACCAAAAGCUGUGGUGCUGCUGUGAGGUCCCCGGACUGUGAGCUGGUCUCGGACCCGGACCCGGAAAGGGCUCAGAGGCAGAGAGCCAGGAGGAAGCCGAGGGUGCUCUUCUCCCAGGCGCAGGUUUUCGAGUUGGAGAGGCGCUUUAAGCAGCAGCGUUAUCUUUCUGCUCCUGAGAGAGAACAUUUGGCGAACACUCUAAAACUCACGUCCACCCAGGUCAAAAUCUGGUUUCAGAACCGCAGAUACAAAUGCAAGCGCCAGCGUCAAGACAAAAGCUUGGAGAUGGCUGGUCAUCAUCAUCAUCACCAUCCGCCCCCCCCGAGACGCGUGGCAGUGCCGGUUUUAGUCCGGGAUGGCAAACCUUGUCUUGCUGGAUCACAGAAUUAUAACGCUACUUACGCCGUGGGGUCCAACCCGUACGGUUAUAACGGUUACUCAACCUAUAAUAAUGCCGCAUAUACAAACGCAUACAAUUGUUCGUAUCCUAGUCUGCCAACACUGCCAGCAAACACAAGCGCCAACCCGUUAAUGUCCAUGAGUUUGAAUAAUCUCGGAACACACUCCCAGCCGCAGUCAUCACAAGGGACUUCCGUUUCAUCAUGCCAAGGACCUCUGCAGGGCAUCCGGGCGUGGUAGCGCCACAACCUCCACAUGCCUUCUGUACAGGCUUGAAUAAGAAGCUUCACGCCAAUAGCAAUCCUUUACGUAUAUUGUAUUGUGACUAUAGCAGCACGCUACAGAUCAGCUGGGACACGUUACUAUUGAGAAUGUAGUCUAAAAUAUGUCAUUACGUCCAACAUGUUGACUGCAUGUAAAUUAAGUUGUUUUUGUGUUGAUUUUUAUUUUUUAUUUUUUGUUAUUAACAUGAAGUAUUUUUGAGAGGGGGGGGGGGGGGAAUCUCAUAGUAUUGCAAUAUUAUUAUUUUUACCCUGCGUUGGACCAAAUGUUAAAUAAAAGUUUUAAAGGAUUAUGAGGACGCAUGCACAUUAAAAAAAAUCAUUACAGUUAGUACCUUGGAAUUACAAUAUCGACAGCAUUAAACACGUUAUUUGGACAGA